AUGGCCACCACCUCCGUCGCCGCCUGCUCCCCCCACCCCCACCUCUCCCGCCCCCGCCGCCGGAACCCCAGCGCCACCUCCACCUCCAGAGCCUCGAUUCGGGGCCGCCUCCCGCCUAUCCGGUGCUCGUCCGCCUCCUCGUCGCCGCCGCCGGCCACAGGCGGCGAGGAGGGGGAGUCGGGGCGCCGGCAGCUGUCGAAGCAGUCGUCGUGGGAGGCGAAAGAUGCGGAGGGGGAGGACUACCUCUACCGCCUCGGGAAGGAAGCGGACAACCUGAACGUCACCGUCGGCGCACGGUCCGGCAUCGUCGACGACCUCUUCGUCGGAAACUUCCUCGGGAAAGACUCGGAUAUUGUGUUCGAUUACCGGCAGAAGGCAACUAGAACAUUCGAGUACCUGCAGGGGGAUUACUACAUCGCACCCGCCUUCCUCGAUAAAGUUGGGAUCUGGGGCGGAAAAGGCCAAGGAAAAACAUUCCAGACUGAACUUAUAUUUAGAGCAAUGGGUGUGGAGCCCGUUAUUAUGUCUGCUGGUGAACUAGAAUCUGAAAAAGCAGGUGAACCAGGGAGGCUAAUACGUGAUCGAUACAGAACUGCCUCCCAAGUAAUCCAAAACCAAGGCGAGCAUCGCCAGAAAUGGAGAGAAUCUGAUGUUACACACAGAGUGCCAAUAAUAGUUACUGGAAAUGAUUUUUCAACUCUAUAUGCACCCUUAAUUCGUGAUGGCAGAAUGGAAAAAUUCUACUGGCAGCCAACCCGUGAAGAUAUAAUUAGUAUUGUUCAUGGCAUGUAUAGAAAGGAUGGAUUAUCUGUUGAAGAAGUAGCAAGAGUUGUAGACGCAUUUCCAAACCAAGCUCUGGACUUCUAUGGAGCUUUGAGAUCCAGGACAUAUGAUCAGGCUAUCUUGGAGUGGGUCGAAGAAAUUGGUGGACAUGAACAGCUAAGGGUAAAGCUUCUUAAGCGAAAGAAAGGAGAGGAGCUUCCAACAUUUAUACCCCCAAAGCCAUCACUGGAAGCAUUGAUUGAGUCAGGGUACUCGCUGGUGAAGGAGCAAGAACUAAUAAUGAACUCAAAACUAUCAAAAGAGUAUAUGAAGAACUUAGAAUAG